UCCAAGAACCUUUGCCUAACCUCAAAUUAGGUUAGAUCAUAGAACAACAAAAGGUUAGGUAUUCUAUGGAUUGUAUGCACACAUAAAAACAUAAUGUGGAAAUCCGUAGCUACAACUUUAGGGACCGUGUGUAAAAAUGAAGCAUUGUUAUUAUCAGAAAAUGUACUACACCAACAGUUACGGACAACAUACAUUUUAAGAAGGAAGUUCCCCGUUCCGUUGCAUAAGAAAAAUAAACCACCGAAAACGUUGCGUAGCCGUCAUUACGUCUAUGAUUUGGUUAAAAAUCUUGCAGUUGAGAAACAGCGUGAUAUUGAUGUCAUAUUAACCUCUUAUGUAGAAGGAGUAGGCAAUAAAGGAGACAGGGUAUCUGUCAAAUCAAAUUAUGCAUACCAGCAUUUACUUCUUCCAGGACUGGCUGUGUAUGUAAGCCCUGAGAAUUUAGAAGAAUAUAAAGAUAUUUUAACUGUGAAAUCUGAUGAGGAGCAUCACAGUUCACCAACAGCUGUUUUGACUGUUAAAACACUCUCAAGAGUUUUACUCUCUGUUGUAAUGAACAAAGAUCAUCCAUGGACAUUGAAGCCAGUUCACAUCAAAACAUCAUUUAGAAAAUGUGGCUACAUUGUUCCAGAACAUACAAUUACUAUGCCAGAAAAGGAAAUUAAAGGACCUAAUUUGGAUUUAGAAAACAAGGAAUUUUAUGUUACAGUUACUAUAAAUAAGACGGAAAAAGUACCAGUUAGAUGUAGAAUUCACCACUGGAGUACAGAAAUUAAAGAGAGAAUACCUUAUCUUAGAGAAUUUUGGAUGGAAAAAUCUGAUCCCAUUUUUGAGGAAGAUUCGGAAAUUUUAAAUAGUAUUCCACAUAAAUGUGAAACUACAAAACAAAAAACUUUGUAAAUAUAUGUUAGAAAAAUAAAUUAAUUAAAACACUUA